AGUCCUCUGCAUAAACUUUAAGAUUCUGGUGGGCAGGCGUGGCGAUCUGUUCAUCUUGUGGCCACCCCAGACAAGCCUGACGACGCAGAGCUCUGGAACCAGGACAGCACCUGUCGCAGCUGAAGCCACUCGCGGCUCCUGGCCCGGGGUCUUGCAGCAAUUUGAUGUGAAGAUGGCAGCCAGGGCGCUGUGGGGCGGCCUCAGCCUGCUCCGUCUGCUGUGGUGUCUCCUUCCACAGACAGGCUACGUGCACCCAGAUGAGUUCUUCCAGUCUCCUGAGGUCAUGGCAGAGGAUGUCCUGGGCAUAGAGGCCGCACGGCCCUGGGAGUUCUACCCCAACAGCCCCUGCCGCACGGUGGUCUUCCCACUGCUGACCUCUGGCUCUGUCUUCUGGCUCCUCAGGCUCUGGGAGGAGUGGGGGCCAUGGCCUGGCCUGGUGAGUGGCUACGUGCUGCUGGUCGGGCCCCGACUCCUCCUCACUGCCCUCUCCUUUGUCCUGGACUUGGCCGUGUACCGCCUGGCCCCACGCUGGGGGGCAGAGCGCUGGAACGCCCUGGUCCUGCUGUCUGGUUCCUACGUCACCCUGGUCUUCUACACAAGGACCUUCUCCAACGCCAUUGAGGGACUGCUCUUGGCGUGGCUGCUGGUCCUGGUGUCGCCCCGUGUGGCGGGGAGCCCCACACCCAGGAAGCCUGCUCCAGGCCCGUGGUGGCACAGUUGGCUUCUUGGGGGCAUCGUGGCCGCUGGCUUCUUCAACCGGCCCACCUUUCUGGCCUUUGCUCUGGGCCCCCUCUUCCUCUGGGGCACUUAUGGAGCCACAAACCCAAGCUUCAAGUCACUGAGCAGGGAAGCCUUGGUGCUGCUCCCAGGGGCGACCCUCACAGCAGUGGCGUUCGUGGCCGUGGACAGCUGGUACUUCUCCAGUCCAUCUAGACCCAGCAGCCUUGUCCUCACACCUGCCAACUUCUUGCGCUACAACCUGGACCCCGUAAACCUGGCGAGGCACGGGACUCACGUGCGGCUCACUCACCUGGCCGUCAACGGCUUCCUGCUCUUCGGGGAGCUGCACGCCCGCGCCCUGCAGGCUGUGUGGCCACAGCUGCGAGCCUGCCUCCAGGCCUUCACGCAGAUGGGCCUCCCGAGGGCACUGGCCGCCCGGAGCCUGCAGUCCGGCCCCAGGUCUCACCUCCUGCUCCUCUACUUUGUGCCCCUGGCCCUGCUGUCUGCCUUUAGCCACCAGGAGGCUCGGUUCCUGGUCCCCCUGCUGGUCCCCCUAGUCCUGCUUUGUAGUCUACAGACCCAGCUGGUGCCCUGCAAGGGCACGCUGGUCCUCUUCAAUACCCUGGGGGCCCUCCUCUUUGGCUGCUUGCACCAGGGGGGCUUAGUGCCUGGCCUGGGGCACCUGGAGCGGGUGGUCCAUGCUCCUGUGCUCCCGAGUGUGCCCACCUACUACACGCUCCUCUUCACCCACACCUACAUGCCCCCCCGGCACCUCCUACACCUUCCAGGCCUGGGGUCGCCUGUGGACGUGGUGGACGUGGGUGGAGCUGAGGACCGGGUCCUGUGCCAAACCCUUAACAACCUCACCAAACAACCAGCCUGCCGAGUGGCUGGCGGGCCGUGGCUCUGCCGCCUUUUUGUGGUGACCCCGGGCACCACCAGGCCUGCCGUGAAGAAGUGCAGCCUCCCCCUCAAGAGUGAGACACUCAUCUUUCCCCACUUGACCCUAGAGGACCCACCAGCCCUGUCCUCCCUGCUGAGUGGGGCUUGGAGGGACCAUCUCAGCCUUCACAUCCUGGAGCUGGGGGAGAAGCCUGACAACGUAACAGAAAAGCCACUGCCCAAGACUCAGCCAUAGGUAAAGGCACCGCUCCACCUUCUAGGGAGGUAGCUGGGCUGGGACAGAGCCCUGAUUCUCUUCCUUUCCUUUCCCUUCCAGAAUCCCCACCACUGCCUCCCCUGUGCACAGCCUUUGACUGCUCCACCUUCUGGAUAAACUGACACCCAUUUCCCCUCAAACACCAAAGAUCUGACCAGUCAGUCCUGAUGCCAAGGUCCCCGAAGAACCUGGUGUAAUUAAUGACGCCAAAUGUAUGUUCCUGCCCUGUUCCUUCUAGUCACUGUGAUGUUUUAAACAUGUAAAUGGCACCUGUGAAAG